AUGUUGUAUAGUCAGAAUGCCAAGCACCUGGACAACUGGUGGGCUCCCCCUCGUGCAAACCGAGCAAACCCACCACCGCAGCUCCAAAAAUUGCCCGGCACAACAGCUCCAUCCACUCCUUCACAUUUAACCCUUUUGAUAUCCCAGUCGCAUCUCAUUCGGACGCGACCUAAUAUCAUGUCACUAUCAAUUCCCGGUCCCUCCCAGGCGGGGCUCUUCAAGCCCGGGUACCAGAGCCACGAUGCCGAAGAUGGAGCCGUUAUCCGUAACAUCGAAGCCUGCCAGGCUAUCUCAGGAACCGUCCAGACUUCCCUGGGCCCCUAUGGCCGCAACAAGAUCGUCAUCAACCACCUGCAAAAGAUGAUUCUGACCUCCGACGCGGCUACGAUUCUUCGUGAGUUGGAUGUUGUUCACCCCGCUGCUAAGCUGCUUGUGAUGGCGAGUCAGCAGCAGGAUGCGGAGAUGGGCGAUGGUACGAACUUGGUUAUUGUGUUGGCCGGUGAAUUGUUGAAGAAGGCAGAGGAGUUGAUCCGUAUGGGCCUCAAGACGAGUGAUAUUGUUUCCGGAUACGAGAAGGCUCAGAACUUUGCCUUGUCCGUUCUAGAGGAGCUCGAGGUCGACAGACUCCAGGAUAUGCAAUCGGCAACAGAAUUGAGCAAGGCUCUCCGCACAGUGGUGGCCUCUAAGCAGUCCGGCACGGAGGAUACUUUGGCUGCGUUGGUUGCGGAGGCGGUUCUGGCUGUGUUGCCCAAGAACCCCCUUAACUUCAACGUUGACAACGUGCGCGUCGUUAAGAUUAUGGGUGGUAGCUUGGAACAGUCGAAGGUGGUGAAGGGUAUGGUCUUCCCCCGGGAACCCGAUGGAACUAUCAAGAAGGCCACCAAGGCCAAGGUCGGCGUUUUCAGCUGCCCCAUCGAUAUCAGUCAGACCGAGACCAAGGGCACAGUUCUCCUGAAGAAUGCCCAGGAGAUGAUGGACUUCACCACGGGUGAGGAGGAUCGUCUGGAGGUUGCCAUUAAGGAACUCUACGACUCCGGCCUCCGUGUGGUCGUUGCCGGCUCCACUGUUGGCGACUUGGCCAUGCACUACCUCAACCGUUUCAACAUCCUUGUUAUUAAGAUUCUGUCCAAGUUCGAGCUCCGCCGCUUAUGCCGCGUUGUCGGUGCCACGCCUCUGGCUCGCCUGGGUGCCCCCAUGCCCGACGAGAUGGGCCAGAUCGACAUUGUCGAGACCACCGAGAUUGGCGGUGACCGAGUGACCGUCUUCCGCCAGGAGGAUGUCAACGCCAUCACCCGCACAGCAACCAUUGUCCUGCGCGGUGCCACCCAGAACCACCUCGAGGAUGUCGAGCGUGCCAUCGACGACGGCGUCAACGUCGUUAAGGCCAUCACCAAGGACCCUCGUCUCGUGCCCGGUGCCGGUGCUACUGAGAUCGAGCUCAUCGAGCGCAUCUCCAACUUCGCCGACCGAACCCCCGGUCUGCCCCAGUACGCCAUCCGCAAGUUCGCCGAGGCCUUCGAGGUCGUCCCCCGCACACUCGCCGAGUCUGCCGGUCUCGAUGCCACCGAGGUUCUCUCGCGUCUGUACACCGCACACCACCGCACCACUGCUCCUGGCGAGUCAUCUGCCGAGGAGGAUGAGGAAGAAGGCAGCUCGUCUGAAGAUGAGGAACCAUACUGGACUACAGGUGUGGACCUUGAGAUUGGUGACUCCGACGGCACUUUGGACACUGUCGAGGAGGGUAUUCUGGAUCUUAUGGCUACAAAGAUGUCUGCGAUCCGUCUGGCCAGUGAGUCUGCCCGGACGGUGCUGAGCGUCGACCAGAUCAUUGUCUCGAGACAGGCAGGUGGCCCUAAGCCUCCGCAGGGUGGAGGUGAUUGGGACCAGGACUAA